UGAGGUGUGUAAGUAUGCGUCGUCCUCGUUGUACUCAUAAAAAAAUCAGGUCCUUGAACUGUUGAGGACUCGAGGAAGUCGAACGCCUGCGCCGCCGCCAUCGUCCUCAACGAACUAACCUCAACACAGGCCCCCUCCUCGCCGCCGUUCAAGACAAGACAACCGGCAUGGUGGUGCCCACCUCCACCGCUAGGGCGUGGACGGCCUUGCUUCCGAUCCCCGCGCGAGGAGUCUCCACGCCCAUGCCCAUGCGCGCCAGCCGCCGCUGCGUCUCCGCCCGCGCCGACGUGCCCGCGCCGGCCUCCCGCGACCCCAUCUCGCUGCCCCGACCACUCACGAGCGCGGAUCUGAUGGAGCCGACUGGGGAUGGACUGAAGGUCGCCUACCAGGGUUGCCCGGGAGCCUACAGCGAGGCGGCCGCCAAGAAGGCCUACCCGAGUUGCCACACCGUGCCCUGCGAAUACUUCGAGACCGCCUUCCAGGCUGUCGAAAAUUGGGUAGCUGAUCGGGCAGUAUUACCACUUGAGAACUCCUUGGGUGGUAGCAUACAUCGCAACUAUGACCUUCUACUGCGGCAUAGGUUGCACAUUGUUGGUGAGGUACGCUUUGCAGUUCGUCACUGCUUGUUGGCGAAUCGUGGCGUAAAGAUUGAAAACUUGCGUAGUGCCAUGAGCCAUCCUCAAGCGCUCGCACAAUGUGAGCAAACACUGACAAAGUUAGGAAUUGAGCAUAGGGAAGCUGUUGACGAUACAGCAGGUGCAGCAAAGCUUAUCGCGGAACAAAAGCUCCAAGAAACUGGUGCAGUUGCUAGUUCAUUGGCUGCUGAACUGUAUGGACUGAAUAUUCUUGCAGAAAACAUUCAGGAUGACACGGACAAUGUAACCCGUUUUAUGAUGCUGGCUCGAGAACCCAUUAUUCCUCGCACUGAUAAGCCAUUCAAGACUAGCAUAGUCUUCUCUCUGGAGGAAGGGCCUGGACAACUCUUCAAAGCACUCGCGGUGUUUGCUCUGCGUAAAAUCAACCUCACAAAGAUGGAAAGUCGCCCACACAAGAAAAGGCCUCUACGUGUAGCUGAUGACAAUUGUUCAGCACCGCUGAAGCACUUCGACUACCUCUUCUAUGUAGAUCUUGAGGCAUCAAUGGCUGAUCCAAAUGCUCAAAAUGCUCUUGGAAACUUGAAGGAAUUUGCCACCUUUCUAAGAGUUCUUGGAAGCUAUCCUACAGAUGUGAGCGAAGCUUGAACUGUCAAGUGCCUGCUUGAAACUACAUGCUUUGAAGAGAUCCUGUUGAAGUUUUUUGUAGCUCCAGAAUUCAUUCUGGUCCAUGUUCUUCCCUGGGUCCCUUUUAACCCCUCUUGUUGCCAUGGAAGAUGAUUUUUGUCGCACUAAAAUGCGUGUCACAGACAAAAGAGAACAAGAUUACAUGAAGUAUGAUAUUCAUUCAUGUCUUGGUGAA